GCAUACUUUGCUUAGGAGAGGGGGAUGAUGGGGGUGCCUCCUACGCUUACUCCAAUCGCCUCUCGAAGGAGCACUUCUAGUUACCCAAACGAAACAUACACAAUCAUGGCGACAAGACAGACAGUCAAGAUGCUGUCCCCUCUUAGGUUUACAAUAUAUUUGUUAUUUUUCUUCGCUCCUGGUACAUUUUCCUCCACCCUUCGUCUUCAUCGAGACCAGCGGUUAUUGCUACUGCAGGACAGGGGUUUUUCUACGGUGAACGCAAAUGAAGAAUGUAUCCAUGGAAUAGGCGCCGAUGCGAAACGACGAGCUGCACGUAAUGCAAGGGAAGACAGAGUUUCGGGCAUGUAUCAGCAUCGCAUUCGGCGGAGUGCAGUCCAACCACCCGUGCCAAAGGUGUAUGGACAGGCCAACCUGAACGAUUCCCACAACCAGAUGGUGGUGCACUGGGCCGGGGAGAAGAGCAAUGUCAUUGUGGCGCUGGCCAGAGACAGUGUCGGAGCCGCAGGUCCCAAGACUAGCUCGGUGUACGUGUCUUAUGACUAUGGAACCAGCUUCUCCCCCAUCUCAGAGAGGUUUCAGCUGAGUGGGGAGAAGGAGAAAGAGGGGAACAAGCAGGUCAUCUCCCAGUUCUACCACAGCCCCGCUGACAAUAAGAGGUACCUCUUUGCAGACAGCACCAACAGCUACCUCUGGAACUCCUUUGACUUCUGCAAGACCAUCCAGGGGUUCUCCAUCCCCUUCAAGCCCACAGACCUGCUGCUGCACAGCAAGAGGGCCAACCUGGUCCUGGGCUAUGACAGCUCCCACCCCAACAAACAGCUAUGGAAAUCUGACGAUUUUGGAGAGACAUGGGUGUUGAUCCAAGAACACGUGAAGGCCUAUUUCUGGGGUGUGGAACCGUACGACUCCCCCAACACGGUGCUGGUCCAGAGGCACGAGCCCCAGGGGGUGUCCAGCAUCCUCAGCAGCACCGACUUCUUCCAGAGUGAGCAGAACCGCCGAGUCGUCCUAGAGAGAGUGGACAACUUCCAGCUCCGGGACAAGUACAUGUUCGCCACCACUUCCACAACUUUGUUGGGGAGCCAUGAACCAUCCUCCGUCCAGCUGUGGGUGUCCUACAACCGCCAGCCAAUGAAAGCCGCCCAGUUCAUGACCCGCCACCCAAUCACAGAGUACUACAUCGCUGACGCCUCGGAGGACCAGGUGUUUGUUUGCGUCAACCACCUCAACAACGUCACCCACCUGUACAUCUCAGACACGCAGGGCCUGUCCUUCUCCCUGUCCCUGGAGAAUGUGCUAUACUACAGCCCAGAGGGUUCAGGCAGCAACACCCUCAUCAGGUACUUUACCAAUGAGCCCUUUGCUGACCUGCACCGUGUGGAGGGUCUGCGUGGCGUCUUCGUGGCCACGCUCAUCAACGGCUCGCUCAGCAAGGACAACAUGCGCUCCGUGAUCACCUUCGACAAGGGGGGCACCUGGGAACUGCUGCAGGCCCCCUCCGCCGACAGCCUGGGAGGAACCCUGGACUGCCAGCUCUCCAAGGGCUGCUCCCUCCACCUGGCCCAGCGCUGGAGCCAGCUUCUCAACAUUCAGCUGCGCAGGAUGCCCAUACUGUCCAAGGAGUCAGCACCAGGGCUCAUCAUGGCUACAGGCUCUGUGGGUAAGAACUUGGCCAACAAGCCCAAUGUGUAUGUGUCCAGCAGUGCUGGGGCCAGAUGGAGAGAGGCGCUGGCCGGUCCUCACUUCUACACGUGGGGUGACCACGGUGGCGUCCUCAUGGCCAUCGCCCAGGGGGGCUCCAGCACACACCUCAAGUUCAGUACCAAUGAGGGGGAGACGUGGACAGACUUCCGUUUCUCUGACAGGGAGGUGUAUGUCUACCAGCUGCUGACGGAGCCGGGGGAGAAGAGCACCAUCUUUACCAUCUUCGGCUCCUACGCCGACCAGAGACACAGCUGGCUCAUCCUGCAGGUCAACGCCAGCGACGUGCUCGGCGUGCCGUGUGCCGAGGGAGACUACAAGCGCUGGUCCCCGUCAGACGAGCACGGCAACGACUGCCUUCUGGGUAGAGAGAUGGUGUACAAGCGACGCACGCCCCACGCCACCUGCUUCAACGGGGAAGACUUUGACCGCCCCGUCACCGUGUCCAACUGCUCCUGCACACGCCAGGACUACGAGUGUGACUAUGGCUUCAAGCUGAGCGAGGACCUGUCCCUCCAGGUGUGCCUGCCCGACCCUGAGUUCUCGGGGAACCUCUACGCCCCUCCCGUGCCCUGCCCCGUUGGCACUACCUACCGUCGCAGUACGGGGUACAGGAAGGUGUCUGGGGACAGCUGUAGCGGAGGGGAUGUAGAAGCCAGACUGGAUGGAGAGAUGCUGCCCUGUCCUGUAGGAGAGAGUAAUGAGUUCAUCCUGUACGCUGUGAGGAACUCCAUCCAUCGCUAUGACCUGGCCACAGGGACCGACCAGGCCCUGCCCCUCUCUGGUCUCCGCGAGGCCGUGGCCCUGGACUUUGACUACGAAAGGAACUGCCUCUACUGGGCUGACAUCUCGCUGGACACCAUACAGAGGCUUUGUCUAAAUGGCAGUACGGGACAGGAAGUGAUCGUUAGGAAGGACCUGCAGAAUGUGGAGGCCCUCACCUUUGACCCCAUCAGCAGGCUUCUCUACUGGGUGGACGCCGGAGCGCAGAGGAUUGAGGUGUCUAACCCUGAUGGGGACCUACGUCACACUCUGCUCAACUCCUCAGUGCUGGAGCAUCCCAGAGCUCUGGUCCUCAUGCCAGGAGAGAGCCUGAUGUUCUGGACAGAUUGGGGCGACCGUGCAGCUGGCGUGUACCGUGGCUACAUGGACGGCUCCAACGUGUCUCGCAUCGUGUCCGAGGGCGUCCGCUGGCCCAACGGCAUCACGGCUGACGACAGCUGGCUGUACUGGACCGAGGCCUACGGCGACCGCAUCGAGCGGGCCAACUUCGCCGGCGGGCAGCGCAGCGUGGUCAUGGAGGGCCUGCCUCACCCCUAUGCCAUUGCUGUUUUCAAGAAUGACCUGUACUGGGAUGACUGGUCAAGGAGGGGCAUCUUCAAGGCUCCCAAAGCAGGCUCCCAGGACAAUGAACUCAUAGUGGGUAGACUGACUGGGGUCAUGGACCUCAAAAUCUUCUACAAAGGCAAGACCAGAGGCCAUAAUGCCUGUGCAGACCAACCCUGCAGCCUACUGUGUCUGCCCCAGCCCGGGCACCGCCACACCUGUGUAUGCCCCGACGGCACGCCCACCACCACCCUACCCGACGGACAGCUCCAGUGCCAGUGUCCCACCGGCUACCAGCUCCACAACAACACCUGCGUCAAGACAGAACACACGUGCCUGCCCAACCAGUACCGCUGCGCCAACGGCAAGUGCAUCAGCAGCAUCUGGAAGUGCGACAGCGACAACGACUGUGGCGACAUGAGCGACGAGCAGGAGUGCCCCACCACCUCCUGUGACCCGUCCAUCCAGUAUCGCUGUGUGGCGUCCGGCUCCUGCAUCCCGCUGGCCUUCAAGUGUGACCACGAGGACGACUGUGGGGACAACAGUGACGAGGAACACUGUGAGAGUCACCAGUGUGGACCAGGGGAGUUCUCGUGUGCGCGGGGCGUGUGUAUCCGCGAGGCCUGGCGAUGUGACGGAGACAAUGACUGCAGGGACUGGUCAGACGAAGCCAACUGUACAGUGGGUCACCACACCUGUGAGGCCAGUAGUUUCCAGUGUCUUACGGGCCACUGUAUCCCUAAGCGCUGGGUGUGUGACGGUGAUGACGACUGUCAGGACAGCUCUGACGAGGAGCAAGCACAUUGCGUGGGGGAUCGCUGUAAUGGCUUCCUGUGUUCCAACGGCACCUGUCUGCCUGCCAGCGCCCACUGCAACGGAGUACAGGACUGCCCAGGGGGCGCCGACGAGCAACACUGUGAUCCCCUGUGUACGCGCUACAUGGAUUUUGUGUGUCAGAACCGAGCCCAGUGCCUGUUUCAGUCUCUGGUGUGUGACGGCACCAAACACUGCGAGGACGGAUCCGAUGAGGACGUGGCCUACGCCGGCUGCUCCACUCACCCGGAGUUUGAGAAGACGUGUGACCCCUACAACUUCCAGUGUGCCAACGGGUUGUGUGUGAGCCUGGGGUGGAAGUGUGACGGUAUGAACGACUGCGGGGACUACUCUGACGAAGCCAACUGUGGCUCCCCCACUGAGGGGCCAGGCUGCACCCGGGACUUCCAGUACGAGUGUCGUAACGGGCGCUGUGUGCCCUCCUGGUGGAAGUGUGACGGAGAGAAUGACUGUGGAGACUGGUCUGAUGAGGCUCAGUGCUCUGGAGGAGUCACGCCCCACACCCCUGCCCCAGGCCCGUUGUCCUGCGCCCCUAACCGCUUCCACUGUGGCUCGGGAGCCUGUAUAGUCAACUCCUGGGUGUGUGACGGCUACGCUGACUGUCCCGAUGGCAGUGAUGAGCUGGGCUGUCCCACAGCAGCCAACGGCACGGCGACACAGGCUCCGUGGCUCACCCAAGCGCCUCCCCUGCCCCCUGGCCACUGCAGCAGGGGCCAGUUCCUCUGCCGGAAGCCCCCCACCUGCAUCUCUGACUGGCAGCGCUGCGACGGCCACCAACACUGCCUGGACGGUUCGGAUGAAGCCCACUGUCCCACGCGAGGGCCUCUAACGUGUGCGAACGGCACGCGCUGCGCUGACGGGGAGGCCUGCGUGCCGGACGGUGAGAAAUGUGACGGCUUCAUGGACUGCUCCGACCACAGCGACGAGGACAACUGCACCACGGACUCUCUGGUCUACAAGAUCCAGAACCUGCGGUGGACGGCGGACUUCUCUGGCGCCAUCACCCUCACCUGGUCCAGACCUAAGAACCUGCCCCUGACCUCUUGCUACUUCCUCAUCUACUUCAGGUCAGUCUGUCUGUGCUGGUGGGCACACACAGUGGCACACACAGCAACAAGCAGCUACACCCUGUCGGUGCUGAAGCCAGACACCACGUACCAGGUGAAGGUUCUGACCCAGUGUCUCAGCAAGCAGCACAAGACCAACGAUGUGUUGACCCUGAGAACGCCCGAGGGAUUGCCCGACCCCCCCAGAAACCUGCAGCUGUCGUGUGACCACGGAGAGGACGGCACGGUGGAGGCCUCGUGGAGCGCUCCGGACAAAGCCCACGGCCUGAUCCGGGAGUACAUUGUGGAGUACAGUGAAACAGGUGUGGAGUGGUUCUCUCAGCGAAGCACCGGCAACAGUGUGGAGGUCAAAAACCUACAGCCCAGCACUCUGUACAAGUUUAGAGUGGCAGCAGUGACGGGUCGAGGUAUGGGGAACUGGACUGAGGUUAAAUCCAUCAUGCCCAAGAAAGCUCUACCACCUCCCUCAGUUAUCACCGACAGCAUCACAGAAGACUCCAUGAGCCUGUCUUUCAGCUUUAACUCCCAAUAUGAGGUGAGGCAGUAUGUGGUGGUGCUGUCCUGGGUGUUUGAUGCUCACGUGAAGGAGAGCAGGAACUACACUGUGCAAGGCAGCGUACUGAAAGCUGCCAACCUGACCACGGGGACCAUCUACGAGGUGGCUGUGUGGGCCCAGACCAGUGUAGGAGACAGCCCCACAGCCCUGUCCCGCCAGCAGACCACAGGCACCCAGCCGGAGCCUCCCCUCCUCAAGGCCCGGGCCCUCAACCAGAGCUCUGUGGACUGCAGUUGGACUGUAACCGGAUCCCCUGCACAGGUGUAUGGCAUCUUCUUUGCCACCUCCUUCUUGGACCUGUACCGCAGCCCUCACAGUGUGAACACCAGCGCUAGUAGCCGGACCGUCACUGUGGACAGUGAUGAGCAGUACCUGUUCCUCGUGCGGGCCAUCUCUCCCUACCUGGGCCCUCCCUCGGAGUAUGCGGUGGUUAAGAUGAUUCCCAACGAGCGGCUUCCUCCUCGUAACCUGCACAAGGUGCGAGUUGAGAAAACCCAGGCUACGUUGAAGUGGCAGCCUCCCUACGACUCCCCCAGCGCCCCUCUGACGUACGCGGUGCACCUGAAGGACGUGGUGCGUAAGACCGAGAGCAGCUACAAGCUGACCACCCAGAACAACACGGUGGAGUACUGCCUCAAGGGCCUGGAGCCCGGCGGACACUACAGCGUCUCCGUCCGCCUGCGCAACAUGAGCAAGGAGGCCAGCUACACGCUCAACACAAUGCCCCUGCCUGCUCCAGAGGCUCUGAAGAUCCUGACGGAGAAAGACCACGUGUUCCUCUUCUGGAAGAGUUUGGCCGUGAAGGAGAGGAGCUUCAAUGAGAGCAGGGGCUACGAGGUGCACGUGUACGACAGCCUGUCCAACUCCACCGUGCUCCUGGGAAACACCACGGAGACCUUCUUCCGGAUCAGCAGCCUGCUGGCGGGCCACAACUACACCUUCUACGUCCAGGCCCGCUGCCUGCUCAACGGACAGCUGUGUGGCGAGCCCGCCCUGCUGCUCUACGACCAGCUGGGACAAGGUCCCAGUGACGCGGUGCGGAGCUCGGGUCAGUCCGGGGACAUGGCGGUAGUGGUGGUGCCGGUGAUGUUCCUGCUGCUGCUGGGGCUGUGUGGGGUCCUGGUGGUCCUGUACCUGAGGCACCGCCGCCUGCAGAACAACUUCACCGCCUUCUCUAACAGCCACUACAACUCCCGCCUGGGGUCGGCCAUCUUCUCCUCGGGGGACGAGCUGGGUGACGAUGACGAAGACACCCCCAUGAUCAGCGGCUUCUCAGACGACGUUCCCAUGGUGAUUGCGUAGCAGGACCACCACGUGCCCACGUGGUACGACAAAAGGUCAGAGGUCAAGAAAGAAGGUGCGCCAAAACUUUCGUCAACCAUCCCCCUCCGAGGAAACAGUCUUAAUACGAUUCCGGAUCAAAGGAAGAAAAAGUGAAACGCAACGAGAGAUAUUUUUUAAAAGAAAAAAACGAUGCACUUUUUUGGGAUGCGCAAUAACUUAUUUUUUUAUACAUAAUAUAUAUAUAUAUAUCGGUCAAAGGACUUUAUUGGUCGGGAACUGAUGCUAACUGUGAAGGAUUAGGAGUCUGUCAGGCGAGUCGAGUCGUGUGUUCGUCGCUCUGGGAGAAUAGACCCAACUACAAACUAACUCCAUAAAGAGCAGUUCAUUGCUUGAAGCCAAAAUAAGUACCUAGCAACUGGAAUAUCCAAUGCAGAAAAAACACACCUAAGGAAAGAAAAUAUACACAUAAUCAAUAUACUGUAUGUAAAAAAAAUAUUGUUCAAAAGUUACCAGUAAAAGCUUCUUGAAGGGAGUGAGGAAAACAAGCUCUUGACACAGCAUAAAUUAACAGUCUUUAUGGUAUUUAUUCAGGAUUUAUGUCACUUUAAAGACUAUACUAUUUGCCCAUGGUACGUUGUUUAGUGUCCAUACUGAAAUCGAUCUGAAUAUGUUGCUGUCUGUUCGAAUGAGAUCACUUUAAUCUGUUGUCGAUAUUUGAUUUGAAACUGUCCGUUGGCCUGAACACAGCAUUCGGCGUCCGCGUAACCAACCAAUGAGUAGCGAUUAGAUGAAAUCGAUGGCACCAGGCAGUGUCAUAUAGAUCCAUGUUCCUCCUACCACCAGCACAGGAGUUGCUGUAGUCUACUCAGCGGUAACAAUAACACAGAGGAGUUGCUGUAGUCUAAUCAGCAGUAACAAUAACACAGAGGAGUUGCUGUAGUCUACUCAGCAGUAACAAUAACACAGAGGAGUUGCUGUAGUCUAAUCAGCAGUAACAAUAACACAGAGGAGUUGCUGUAGUCUACUCAGCAGUAACAAUAACACAGAGGAGUUGCUGUAGUCUACUCAGCAGUAACAAUAACACAGAGGAGUUGCUGUAGUCUACUCAGCAGUAACAAUAACACAGAGGAGUUGCUGUAGUCUACUCAGCAGUAACAAUAACACAGAGGAGUUGCUGUAGUCUACUCAGCAGUAACAAUAACACAGAGGAGUUGCUGUAGUCUACUCAGCAGUAACAAUAACACAGAGGAGUUGCUGUAGUCUACUCAGCAGUAACAAUAACACAGAGGAGUUGCUGUAGUCUACUCAGCAGUAACAAUAACACAGAGGAGUUGCUGUAGUCUACUCAGCAGUAACAAUAACACAGAGGAGUUGCUGUAGUCUACUCAGCAGUAACAAUAACACAGAGGAGUUGCUGUAGUCUACUCAGCAGUAACAAUAACACAGAGGAGUUGUUCACAUUUAUUAACUCCAAAAAGUCAGCUCGAUCAUUCUGUUGUGUUUCUCUACUCCCAAUGCUGCAUCAAUAGGAAAACAGUUUGAUUUUAGUUUUUUUCAGGACCACCUCGAUGUAAAUAUUCUUGUUAUUCAAAUAUUAUUAUGCCCAAUCUGCUGCCGUUAAUUUGUAGUGUUUGGAACCUUUGUCUCUGAUGUUCUCAGGGAACUGGGUCUUUGUCUGGUCUGACACUGGCGUGGUACCAGUCUUUCGCCAGAACCCUCACUGAGGUACGAUCGUAACCCUAGAGACAGCAUUUGGAGCAUGACGUAAUGUUGUUGUAAACUGGUUUUCUGGUUGAAAAUAUAAAACCAGAUGACAAGGAACUGGUCUCUUACAGCAAGAUAUAUUUUUCAUGACGAGAGCAAGAUGUCAUGGGGAAAGACGUCAUGUUUUGGUUGUUAUCUGGUCAGAUAACCAGAUUAUUGCAUUUUGUGGUUGCUGUUUGUUUUUUUGUUUUAAAAAAAGGACACGUCUAAUCUACAACCUGAUCAUAAUUGAAUAAUAGACAUCAUAACGAUGUCAUUGAAACCACUUUUGCUUGCUGGGAUAACAAUAUGAUGUUUAGGUCACAGUGAAGUGGACUGUGUGUCCGGCUCUCUCUCCCUGUUUAGCAAAAUGCUUCACGUCAGUUUGAUGCGCCAGGAAAUGUUUUUGUUUUUACCCUUCCCCAUCUCAUCCUAUUGUCUAGUCAUGAACUGAAACGUGUAUUUUCCUCUAUGCUAAAGAGCCAUUUCAAUUGAUGUGAGGUAUGCUUUUAUUCAUUGACCUGUUUUGGGGUUUUGUUCAUGAAUGUAUUUUAUAUCUGUGAUUUUAUGGCUACGAGGCAAUGUGCCCCACCCCCCCCCCCAUGUGAAAUGGAUACACUCGCCGUCCUCUCACUUUGUAAAGCCAAGAACUCUACUUUGAAUGGUUCACCCCUAUACUCUUGGAAGAGAGACCUGAUAAUGACUUUUGAUAGUGUCUGACUGUAGACUGGUUCAGGGCAGGCAUCGCGCCCCCAGGCUCCAGGACCACGUCCCCAUCCCACUCUGGGGGUGACGUCACAGCAGUCGCCCCCAUCGCACUCUCCGGCCCCCGGCCACUGCAGGGCUGCUUUCAAUACAUUGUUUUGACAUUCUUUCCUUAAGGUACUUGUGCUUUUAUCUCCCCCUCUUCUGUUUUCCAGGCCUUAAAUAGUGCUGUAAAGUUACUGAUGGGGCUGUUUAUUUUCUGUGGACUUUGAUUUGCCACAUAUGCCUUAUUAGAACACAGUGAGUUUGUAUGUAUGUACUGUAUUUAUGACGACAUGAGUGCACACACACACACACACACACACACACACACACACACACACACACACACACACACACACACACACACACACACACACACACACACACACACACACACACACACACACACACACACACACUCAGUACCCUUACACAAUUGCUAAAGAGAAUGAUCUGUACUGAAGAGAGCAGUAGAAGUCGUUUGUUGUUGUUCUAUACAGGUCACUACUCCUGUCUGCAUUGGCUGUUUUAAACGAGGCACAUAUCUAAAGCCCCCUGAUGGAUUUUUAUCUCAUGUAGUCCCAAGUUUUGACAAUUGUACAAAAUAUAAUUCUUGAUUGUUGUGACCGUUUCAACCCCCAACCCUUCCAAAAUGUACUUUUUUCUUUCUUUCUGUAAAAUAGUAUGCUUAAAAAAGUUUUUGCACAGAAUAUAAUGAUAUUGGACACCGCCAUAUUUGAAUAUGUUGAUCUUGCUUGCUUAUGGGGGUCUCAAGGAAGUGAGAUGUUUGAGGUACAGUGUGAAGUGUUUUAAAAACCACUUCUACUGAAAUAAACUUACUGGAAAUGUG